CGAAAAGUAUGAACUAACAACUUUGCUUACAAGUCUUCCGCGAGUCGAUUACUACCAAAGUUUGCUCGCUGUAGACAAGCACAAAGGAAACGGUUAGUAUGUCGGGAUUUUCACUGAGUCAUUUGUUCAAACACCUUACCUGCACUACUGGUCUCCAAAUUCCUAGACGCACAACCCACCGUCUUCUUCAUCGUUUCCUCUCGUCCUUCUCUCCCCAAAACCUCCCUCAACAUAGUUCUUCAUGUUCGAAGCUCAAACUCAUCUUACAAUGGCGGCGCUUUUCUUCCACUCCUGCUGCUACGGGUUCACUCUCUUCCAAGGAUUCUAGUUUGCCCCCUUAUCUCUCUGUCCUCAUCAAAUGCCGUAAAGAUGUCGCUGAAUCAUUUUCAGAAGCUCUUUUAAGUUUUGGUGCGAAUUCUGUCAGUAUGGAUGAGCAUGAUGACUACGAGGAUUCUGAUGAGGUGAGCAUUUGUUCAAUAUUCUCUGGGAAUGGAGAUGUGACUUCUUGCAUAUCAUAUGCUGCUGAUUCGAUUGGCAUAGAAAUGCCAACUUUUGAACUCUUGAAGUACAAUCCAUAUGACUGGAUAAAAAGAACUCAGGAAUCUUUCGAUCCUGUGGAAGUAACCAAAGGCCUCUGGAUUGUACCCGAGUGGAAAACUGCUCCGGAUGCACGAGCAACAAAUAUAAUUUUAAAUCCCGGUUUAGCUUUUGGAACUGGAGAGCAUGCAACAACUAAGAUGUGUCUGCUGUUGCUACACCAGACUGUUAAAGGAGGUGAACACUUCUUGGACUAUGGCACAGGGUCUGGAAUUCUCUCCAUCGCUGCAUUAAAGUUAGGUGCUGCUUUAUCAGUUGGAGUUGAUAUUGAUCCUCAAGCAAUCACAGCUGCCCGUCAGAACGCUGAACUGAACAGUAUAGAACCCGAGAAGUUGAAGUUGAUACUAGUUCCUUCAAGAGACGAAACUUCUAUUGAAGACGAAAAGGCGCAGGAGGUUCUACACACUAAGACGUCAGCUGCGGAUCAAUUCAUACAAAUGGAUAAAUAUGAUAUAGUCAUUGCAAAUAUAUUGUUAAAUCCUUUGCUGGCGUUGGCGGAUGGUAUUGUUUCUCAUGCGAGAGUUGGAGCAACUGUUGGUCUAUCUGGGAUUUUACAUGAACAGGUUUCCUCAGUCAUAGAACGCUAUUCCUCAUUCUUGGAAGACAUUUCAGUCUCGGAAUUGGGAGAUUGGGCUUGCAUAAAGGGAAGAAAGAAGGCAUGCUUUUGAUUGCGAUUCGAACGACAUAGAAGUAUUCGAAUAUGGAGAGAACUGAAGGAUGGAUUUCCGUCAAAUCUUUGCAAAUGAAGAAGAAACCACUACAAUACAGGUGGUUCUGUAUGCUGCACACUGAGAUUCUGUAGUUCCUUGCUGUGUUAGGCAGUUAUUACUGCUAUUUGCUUUGCUUUGAUAUUCAUAGUUGGAGCUUCGAGGAGCCAUUUUUGGAUAGAGCUAAGCUAGACGGCUUAGCUCUUGGGCGUCAAAUGACUUGAUCGCCCUUAGCUGAUUUUUUUGAAGGUAAGGUUUUGAAGUAGUAAGUCAAUUGUUUCUGAGUUUUUCACUCUUUGUAAAUUAUGCAGUAUCAAGUAUUCUGUUGUAUACACUUACUGUAUUUAAAGUUCUCUAGAGCUUGUAAGUGAAGCCUAUAUUUGUAAUUUGCAGGGAGGCCAUAUGAAUCGAACUUUGGUUUAUGUUUAGUAUCAAGAAAUAUACAAGGAUUCUACAUACCGAUAACAACAAUGAAAAAGCCUUGAUCUUAAUGUAUAAUCACAUUUAAAGCAAUGACAUAGUGUAUUUUAUGUUUUCGAACCGUCAAUUUUGACUACUCUCAAGUUACAAACUACAAUUAGUUUUUAGUUUGCUUCUUGUUUGGAAUUUGGAAGACAAUACAAUAAAACUAGACCUUGUAACGCGGGGGUGCUAGUAGUUUCAUCGGGUGGCGUAGGU